CGCUCAGUAGCAGUUGGAACGUGUUACGUAUUGGAGCUCAUUCGAUGGUGGUGCUAGCCGUUGUUACGUUGGCACCUAGCUACAUGUUUUAGGAUAUUGUCCAUACCCUGAAGGAUAGUUCAGUGCGUGGUUUAAGUGGUCAUUGUGCGGAAAUUGAUACCGGCAAGGAUUUUUUCUGACAAUACCAUCGGAUCAACUAGCAUUUUCGGAAUUCGUGUGGGGUGUGUUUUGUUCAGGUGGAUUUCAGCACGGGUGAAGUACUGAUAGCGGGAAUGUUUUAUUUUUUCGCAAACAAAAAUUGUUUGAGCUUACAAAGCGGUACAAUGCUGUGAAUUACGUUGUGUGAAAGAGCCCAAAAGAGAAGUAAAGACCAGUGUAUCAAAGUUCUGGCUUGAAUAUGAAGUGUUAAUCCCAGCUGGCGUUGAUUUUUGGCCCUAAAUGGAAGCAAGCUGCGUUGGAAUUUUUACAGUAAUUGAAAAGUUCGGUGAAGCACGGAUUUGGCUGCGCUAUUCGAGUGUUCAUGUGUCGGCGAGAGAAAAUUUAAAUUAAAAAAGGAUUAAAGGAUUAAAACUGUGCACUGGUGCGGAAAAUUUGAUGUGCAUAUAAACUGAUUCCGAUAGCGCUGCUGCGGAACCAAACCGGAGACGAAUGUGUAAGUGAAAUUGCGGGAAAUUCCGAGCGCAGAUAAUGAAAAAUUGGAGUGAAAUAAUUAUGUUAAUGCAUUUAAACUGCUGAUAAAGAUGGCGAAAAUUGUGCCAAAUUAUUUCCCAUCCGGCCGAGUGACACUGGCGCUGACUUAUCCGAGCUUGAACUACUGCUGAGGACUACAACGGAGCCAAAAUUGCGCGCAGCCCAAACCAACCCACAUACCUAGGACAGGACAGCGAGCACAGAAAAUUCAAUGAAGCUGUAAUCACAUCUAGUAACGAAAAAAAACGAAAGAAAAAUCCAACCGCCCAUGAGUGGAAGUUAAGCGAGCGGGAAAAUUGCGAUAACACAGUUUGGCCCAGUCGGGAUAUUUUCUGAGUAUUUUUUUCUUGGUACGACGCUCAGCGAAAGUAUGCUGGAAAGUACAUACAGAAAACACGAUUAAUUUUACGGAUGGUAACUGACUCAAGAAAAAAAAAACUUUUCCGCUCACCGAUCCGGUGCUGUGCUUGCUUGCCAUUGCAAAUUGAUGAAGUUCUGGUGGCCAAGAAGCAAAGCGAACGAGAAGUUGAGCCGAAAAUCGUUGCACCAUAAAGAGGAAAUAAUUUAUUGGUAAACUCGGCGACGAAUCGAACAAGUUCUAACAGCAUCAGAAGUAGCAGUACCGCCGAACAAGCAAAGCGCAGUGCCGGCCACCACCGGGGACAUAAAUAAAUGGGAAAAUAUAAUAAAAGUUUACAAAACAGGAAUCCGGUCCGGAAAACGGGUUGAGCAACAAAAAAAAAAAGAACACACAAGAAAUAAUAAUAACAAUAAAGAAGUUAGCCUGCGGCGGGUCUGUGUGAGUGUUUGUUUGAAUUGUGAAGUGAGAGCCGUGUGAUCCAGCCGCACAGCAAAGGAGCGGUUUCUGAAAAGAGUAGCAACAGUAAACAGUGCAAACGGCAAAGAAUUGUCGUGUGAUUUUGGCCCGCAGCCAGCCAGCCGGUGUUAGUGUUGCAGUUGGCUGUGGGUGGUGGCUAGUGGAAUAUCACAGCACCAGUAGCAGAGUAACCGCACACAAUAGUUAAAAAAUAUCACAACAUACGAAGCAGAAGCGGAACCCCUAAGAAACAGUUGGAGAAUAUCUUGACUGGCAGAAAUUCGUGGAUGCUGAUUGGGUCUCGGGGUAGGUGAACCGUGCGGGAAGCUUUCUCCAAGCCUUCCACCCAAUACUCUUGUAUCCUUCUUCAGCCAGCCGGAACGGAAGUCGGCGCACGAAAGGUGGAAAAUAAUGGCUGGAUAUGUGUGUCAUAUUUUACUAUUUUUUCUCUUCGCCCAGGAAACAGCUUAUGGCACUUCAUUCGGCAACUCGCUGUCGGAUUCACUCUCAGAUCCAGACUUCAUCGAUAGUCCUCCAAUGAUUCAACCCAAGUUCACUUCCCGAUCCCAGUCGAUACGGGCGGUCAUAGGCGAUUCGAUCACACUGCCGUGCGACGUUGAUAAUCUAGGUAACAACAUCCUGCUGUGGCGUCGAGGAAGUGCCGUUGUGACGGCAGCCAAUCUUAUCAUUACCAGAGAUUUGCGCUUCAAGCUGCUGAAAGGUUACACACUACAAAUCAAGAACGUACGACCGCAGGAUGCCGGUGACUACAGCUGCCAGGUGGGAGACCACGAUAACCGAGAUCUGGUACAUACGGUUGAGAUUUUGGUACCACCCUCCGUGCGGUCCAAUCCGGAAACGGGGCACGUGACGGUUCGGAAAGGGGGCACAGCAACGCUCGAGUGUAAGGCCAGCGGGAAUCCGGUGCCCAGCAUCAGCUGGUCCAGAAAGGAUUCAUUGCACGGUUCGCCCCAUCUGGCCGAGGGACCAACACUGAUGCUGGAGAAUGUCAACCGACAGGACAGUGGGACCUACCGUUGCUAUGCGGACAAUGGCAUCCGGGAGCCCGUGUUUGUCGACAUGCAACUCAUCGUGCUGUCUCCGCCGGAGAUCACAGUUGAGAAGACCUGGGUUCACGCCGGAGAAGGCUACGAGACACAACUGGUUUGCACCGUUCAUGGAGAUUCAACACCGGAGUUCUCGCACUUGCAGAUGAUGUGGUACCAGGAUUCUUUUCUUCUGCACCCGAACGACCGCCGUACGAUGGACACCCGUGGAGACAAGCACUACCUUACUAUUCGGAAUGUGCGCCCAUCUGAUUUUGGCAAUUACAGCUGCGUGGCAGAAAACUCUCUCGGACGUGCCAAAAAGUAUAUCGAAGUCUCGGGGCGUCCGGGCCCGGCACAGUUCCACUCGCCGAUGUACAGCCGCUAUCGGGAAAUUUACAACCUGACUUGGAGUGUGGAAUCGUUCCCUCCGAUCGAGGAAAUUCGAUUGCUGUACCGGAAGCUGAUGAUGAAUGAAUCUUAUCAGCAUCCGGGCAGAUGGCACGACGUCAUCCUGAAUCCACCGUCGACCCGAGCCGAGUCCUAUCGACACAUCAUGACGUACACCAUCCGAGGUCUAGAUCCGAACUCGGUGUACGAAACGAUCGUGCAGGCAAAAAAUCGAUACGGUUGGAAUGAGGUCAGCGAUAUUUUCCAGUUUUACACACUUAGCACCGACAUGCCCGAGGAGGACGUCGAGCAGACACUGGGAUCGACCGCCUUCGGUAAUCCCUUCAGCUGGGCCAGCAGCGUUCAACCUAGUCUGAAUCUGAAUUGGAUUCUGUUGCUUGCCGCGGUACUUUCGAUGAAGGUACUCGGUUGUUUGUAAAUCGUUUCCGCCGAGCACUUGGAUAGAUAUUAGUUACCUUUUAUGUACCUAUAUUUCAUAAAAACAUUUCAAACCUCGCUGAUGGUUUGAUUUUUCACCGCAAAGCUGAAGCUUAGUGCAAGCGACGAAUCCAAGCUUAAUUAUUCGUUUCCAUAGUGAUUCUCGCGAUGUAAGUGACUGUGUUGAAGAACCUGAUAAGAUUGCACUGCAAAGAUAUAACUGAAGACUUGGUAUGAAGUAAAGCUAGAAACAAUGAAAAUUCAGAACGGAAAAUAGUUGAUUACAAUAUACAAGCAGAUAAUGUAUUGUCUUUUGUACAUUCAACAAAACCGAACUUUCCUAGGCCAAACAUUACAAAGCUAUUUUAAAAGACACUGACCUGGUGAAACAAUGUAUUGUAGAAUCGAAAAUCUAUUACUGAAACAAAAUCAUAAAAAAAUAUAUUAACAAUUAAGUGUAAUUUACUAGUGAGUGAAUGUAUCGUAGUGCGUAAUGGAAAAUCCGAAAAUUGAUUAAAUGAUCCUUUGUGAAUAAUGAACAUAAACAAUCCUAUGACUAAAGAUGAUUUUUUUUAAUAAACGCAUAUUUUUUAAAACCCAACAAA